GUCCGCGUCCGCCACAUCGUCCCCCCCGUCCGCCCCGCCCUUCAUCGCCAGAGCAGCGACCGCUGCCCCCCGACCCGCCAUGUCUCUCCGACACACCCCCCGGCAGGCCGAGCGUGACAUCCGCCUCCACGACCCCCACGCCCACCACUCCCACUCGCUGCCCCCACCACCCCCGCACGCACUCGCCCACGGACCGCACAUCAACGGAAACGGCGUCCCAUCCACCCCGGGCCCGAUGACAGGUCCGUCUAACCACGCGCAGCCGCAACUCGUCUCGCCCCCAGUGAUGUCGAGCGCGGUCGCCAACGGAAUCGCGCCGCCUUCAAGCAUCCAGAAGCUGGCACAAGCGAAUGAACAGACGUGGUUAUUGAUAGGUCGAGUCGCCGAGCAGAUGGGCAACUUGGAACACGCCCUAUCGGCAUACGAGAACGCGCUGCGACACAACCCGAUAUCCCUAUCCGGCCUAACCCAGGUCGCUGGCAUCGCUCGGAUCAAGGAGAAUUAUCCGAAGGCCGUCGACUACUUCCAACGGGUCGUCAGCAUGCAGCAGGACAACGGCGAGGUGUGGAGCGCCCUGGGGCACUGCUACCUCAUGCAGGAUGACCUGCAGAAGGCCUACACCGCGUACCAGCAGGCUCUCUAUCUCCUGCCGAACCCCAAGGAGGAUCCGAAGUUGUGGUACGGCAUUGGUAUCCUCUACGACCGAUAUGGCUCCUUGGAUCACGCCGAAGAGGCGUUUGCAUCUGUCCUCAAGAUGGACAAAGACUUUGACAAGGCGAACGAGAUCCUCUUCCGCCUUGGCAUUAUCUACAAGCAGCAAGGCAAAUACGACGAGUCACUAGAAUGCUUCGACCGCAUUCUCCGCAACCCGCCAAACCCGCUCGCCCACGCUGACAUCUGGUUCCAAAUAGGACAUGUCUUCGAACAACAGCGCAAUCAUGCCCUGGCGCGCGACGCUUACCAACGUGUCGUCAAGGACAACCCCGGGCACGCAAAGGUUCUUCAGCAGCUGGGAUGGCUGUACCACCAGGAUGGCUCCUCGUUCCAGAACCAGGAAGUCGCCAUCCAGUAUCUCACCAAGAGUCUGGAAGCCGACCCCGCUGAUGCGCAGAGCUGGUACCUGCUGGGACGCGCAUACAUGGCAGGCCAGAAGUACAACAAGGCUUACGAGGCUUAUCAGCAAGCCGUGUACCGCGAUGGCCGGAACCCAACGUUCUGGUGCUCCAUAGGUGUGCUGUACUUCCAAAUCAACCAGUACCGCGAUGCGCUCGACGCGUACUCCCGCGCCAUCCGCAUCAACCCUUACAUCUCCGAGGUCUGGUUUGAUCUCGGCAGCCUCUAUGAGAGCUGCAACAACCAGAUCUCGGACGCUAUCGACGCGUAUGCGCGUGCGGCGGAGCUUGACCCCAGUAACACUGCCAUCACCCAGCGGUUGAGUCUGCUGAAGCAAGCGCAGGCGACUGGCAGCGCACUGCCCGCUGCGCCUGGUCCGCAGGACGUUCACCCUACUGCGUACGCCAACCCCAUGAUGCCGCCGCCUGGCUUGUCAGGACCGCCGAUGCUCCUCCAGCCUGGCACGAACUCGCGUCCGACGCCAAUCUUCCGUACGGAUUCGCGAGGACCUGGUGACUUGGCACUGCCCAUGCCACCUCAGGCCGUUGGCAAUGGUCGCUCGUCGCCCGGGCCGUACAGGGGAGGACCGCCGCCGCCGGUGGUGCUCGAUGAUCGACACGUCCCUUCGCACACGCCGCUGGCGCCCAUGGACGUCGAUCGGCCGCCCAUACACCCGCGUGAGUCGACGGGUCCGUACCCUCCGCGCGAGAACGGUCGUGGGCCCGCUGCCCAGGGACUACUUCUCCACCACCCUAUGCCACAGCAACAAGGCCCUCCCGACGCGCUACGGGGACCUCCGGGUCAUCCACACGAACCUGCUCCGGGUCACUACCGCAUAUCGCCGUCGACGUCUCCCUCGCCUCACGCCCUUCGUCCUCACACUUCCGUCGCAAACGGGCGCCCGUCGUACGAUGGUCGCGUUCCCAUUGGCCCAGGCCAGACUCCCGUCUCCGCAAGACGAUCUCCUCCCCCGCCCCACCCGUACUCACGCGAGCCUCCCAUGCCCGAGCGCGAGACCGGCUGGGAUCGCCGCAUGCCUCCCGAGCACGUCGAGUGGGAGCGCGAGCAGAGGCGCGGCCGCCCCGGCUCUGAGUACCUGUCUCACCAGCAGCAAAUGUACUCGCGUGCGCACUCACCGCCCAUGUCACAGCUUGCGCCGAGUCCCCGCGUACCGCCACGCUCACCGCCCAUGUCGCCCGCCGGCUACCCGCGCCAGUACUGGGACUCGCGCCCUGGCAUGCCCGCUGGCCCCGCUGUCAUGGGUGGAGGCCCAGGACAGUCCCCCCCGAUGCCACACCGCGAUGAGCCUGCCAGGAGGUACGACCCGCGGUUCGAUGGUCGCGAACCGCCGCCGAGAGAGUACGAACGCGGACGGGAGCCCGAACGCGAGAUGGUCGACCCGAGAGAGAUGCGCGCGGGCAGCCGCUUCCCGUCGCCAGAGUCGGCGCGCACUGUGCGCGGCAUGCCGCCGUCGUCGGUGCCAGCUGGCUACGGGCGCACGUCGGAGAGCCCGCGCAUCCCGCAGCAGCCGAUUCCUAGCAUGCCCGAGCCGAAGGACCGCCGCCGUCGCAACACGAAGGAGAAGGACUCGGAGAGCUCGAACGGGAGCGUCGCCUCUGCUGGUGACGCCUCGAAGAAGGAGCGCAAGCGGCGUGCACCGGCGAAGCGCGUGAAGGAGGAGCCGAGCAGGCAGCAGACUCCGAGUUACGGAGGCCCAGGCGAGUACACCAACAGGCAAAUCAAGGGCAGUCCGCACCCCAGCUCGACAGGCUCGGGGAGCGCGAGCCGCUCGGUACAGCCGUCGCCGACUGGUAGCGCGCCUCCACCGCCGUCACGGGUUGUCGACGAAGACUACGAUGAGGGCGUCGCAGAGGCUCUGAUGGGUCUUGCGGCGUCUGGUUCAAAUGCCCCCUACCGUGGUGGACCCGACCCGCGCAGCUUUGGUCUUACAAGCGGACCAGGAGUUCCUCGCUCGGGACCAGGUCUUUCGCCGACGAUGCUGCACCACGACCGCCGUCCGUCGAUGUCGUCUCGCGCGUCGCCUCCGACAACUGGUCAGAAGCGUCCGCUCAGCCCCGGCCCCGACGACCGCGACGUCGAGAUGAAACGCAGCCGUGUCGGCAGCAUCAGCAGCGCCGGCAACGGCAACGGCAGGCGCGUCUCUCCCCAGUCCGGCUCUGGUGGUCGACCUUCCCCUGUCCCUUCCCGCCUCUCGCCUAUUCCCUUCCGUCAGCAACCGACGUCGCACUCGCCCGAGGCGCGUCAGGCUGAAGCGCGAAGCUACCCGCCGUCGCCCGCGCCCGCGCUGCCGACGAUGCUCCCGCCGCACCCGCGCCCGAUCGGCAUGAGUCUCCCUCCGAUGAACCACGCGCACGCAAGCCCUGGCGGGUCAGGCCCGCCGACGGUGCCGAUGGACGAGGACCGGCCGCACCACGCGAGGAGCGCGAGUCCUGUCAGGCAAAAGCGCGAGAUCGUGUUGCACCAAGCGGGCGGGACGCCGCCGGGCGUGGGGCCUACUGCGAAAGGCACGCCGUCGCCGAGCUCGAGCAAUGGCCGGUCGGCCCCGCUAUCUGCAUAAAAGCGGCGUGUUGUGGUGAGAGAUACCCCGUCUGUCGUCCGUCUCUGUCGUUGCAUCCAUUGUCUACUCGUCACGCAUUCUGGCCUCUAGAACAUCCUUAGCGCAUCUCAUGUCCCCUCUCUCUCUCUCAGUCCGUCUCCGCUCGGCUUCGUCGCAUCUUCAUGACGCUGGUUACUGGUGCCUGCUUGUAUGACUUAUGACAUGCCAUGACCCCCUCUUACUACUCUCCUUCUGUGCAUCUCUGUCUCGCCCCGUUCGUGUCUCGCUGUGUAGCAAAGCCGCUUUCGCUGUACGUACUUGUCGUAUAUUCGCAGUAGUGUGUACAGUAUGAGCCGCUGGUAGUGAAUGUGAAUAUGCUGUAUGCAGAA